AUGGACGAGUCUCCCGCCGAAACUGCCCCGGUCCCAGAGGUAUCGAACGGCUGGGCUGACCGAACGCCGGAGGAGCUGGUAGCCAAGUCCAUAGCUCCCGUGAAGAAACAGUUCCUUUGCCCUCCGCCUAUCAGAGCUUGCUCUAACGAGCAGAACGACGCCGUUUCGGGUGGGAAAACAAAGCCUGCCCAGACUAGCGUAGUGAAGGAGAAGAAGUCCAAGCGGCAGCUCAAGCGCGAACGCCAGCAGGCGGUGAAAUCGGCUGUAGGCAUCUGCCCUGAGGUAGCAAAAAGAGGAGAUGUUAGUCGGUGUCCGUACAACGACAAAUGCCGCUUCAGCCACGACAUAGAAGCGUAUAAAGCUCAGAAACCUGAGGAUAUAGAGGGAGAUUGUCCUUUCAUGACUGCCCAAGAGACAUGCCCAUAUGGGUUGGCAUGUAGGUUCUUGGGUUCACAUAAAGAUGGCGUUGAAGCUGGAGAUGUGAGCGCUCACAGGAGAAGCUCUGAGAUGAAUGGAUUAAGCAAAGAUGUUCAAAAGCUUUUGUGGAAGAAUAAAGUGAAGUUCCCCAAGGCAGAUGCCAAACUCAAGGCUCUUGGUCUUCUGGGGCAUGCUAAUUCAAAAAUAAAGAUUUUGGAAAAUAAGAAGGAUGACCAGGUUGUUUCAAAUAACUGUCAUGUUACUGACGGAAAUGGCUGUACUGAAUUGCCCAAUAACUCAGAUGAUAAAAUGGAAUUGGCUGCUGAAAUAAGAGAGGAGAAUGGUGUUGAUGAAACAUUUUCAUUGGAAUCUCGGCCUUCGAAGAAGCCAAGAUCUGUAAUUGAAGAGGAGAUUUUAUCUGGUGAAGUAGAUGAUGGAGGUGCGAAUGCUACAGCAGAAGUGGUUGAGCCAAGCUGCACAUCACCUGAACCAGAGGCUACUGCUGAUAUUGUAUCACCAGAAAGUGAUAGAAGCCUAAAAUUACACCCACGUGAAAAGAAGCUUAUUGAUUUUAGAGAAAAGCUGUACCUUGCGCCUCUGACCACUGUUGGAAAUCUUCCAUUCCGAAGGGUGUGCAAAGGGUUAGGAGCAGAUAUAACGUGUGGUGAAAUGGCAAUGUGUACGAAUCUUUUGCAGGGUCAAGCAUCAGAAUGGGCACUUCUUAGGCGACAUUCAUCUGAGGAUUUGUUCGGUGUUCAGAUAUGUGGAGCAUAUCCAGACACUCUGGCACGCACUGUUGAACUUGUAAAUCAGGAAUGUACGGUGGACUUUAUUGAUAUAAAUAUGGGGUGCCCAAUAGAUAUUGUUGUGAACAAAGGUGCUGGAUCAGCUCUCCUUACAAAACCAAUGCGGAUGAAAGGCAUUGUACAAGCAGCUUCUGGUACAGUGGACUGUCCUAUAACUAUUAAGGUCAGGACAGCCUAUUUUGAGGGGAAAAAUCGCAUUGAUUCGCUUAUUGCAGACAUGGGAAACUGGGGAGCCAGUGCAGUAACAAUACAUGGUCGAUCUCGACAGCAACGCUACAGCAAGCUUGCAGAUUGGGAAUACGUAUACCAGUGCGCCAGAAAGGCCCCUGAUGCUUUGCCAGUACUUGGAAAUGGAGACAUAUUUUCGUAUUUAGAUUGGAACAAGCACCAGGCUGAAUGCCCUGAGCUUUCUACAUGCAUGAUUGCUCGAGGAGCACUAGUUAAGCCUUGGAUUUUUACUGAAAUAAAGGAGCAGAGACACUGGGAUAUCAGUUCUGGGGAGCGUUUGAAUAUUUUAAAAGAUUAUGUACGUCUUGGCCUUGAACAUUGGGGCUCUGACACUAAAGGUGUGGAGACAACUAGGCGUUUUCUGUUAGAAUGGCUUAGCUACACUUGUAGAUAUGUACCUGUUGGCCUUCUAGAGGUCAUUCCUCAACGGCUGAGCUGGCGCCCACCGUCCUAUUUUGGUCGUGAUGACCUUGAGACACUAAUGGCCUCUGAUUCUGCUGCGGACUGGGUUAGGAUCUCUGAGAUGUUGCUCGGCAAGGUUCCAGAUGGCUUUACAUUUGCACCAAAGCAUAAAUCCAAUUCCUACGACCGAGCAGAAAACGGCUGA